ACUUUGCUGUCUGAUCAGUUCUAGAUAUUGAACGUAAAUUAUAUUUCAAAAUGGAUUCAACCAAACGUAUCCAGACGACUAACGCAUUCAAGAUGUGGCAGGAGCUGCUGCUGUGGCACAAUUGGCGCAAGACUGCGCUAAUCUUCAUACUGACAUUGACGCUGCUCCUGGACAUUGCCGUCAAUCCGAUAAUCAGUGUGAUGAGCGUGGCCGGGGCAAUAAUACUAGGGAUCAGCAUGUGCUAUUGCUGCUACGUGUGGGGCAUGCGGAAGUUGCACAAAAGCAAUGAUGUCAAGCAUCCCUGUCAACGCUACCUGGACAUGGAUGUGACCAUUUCCGAGGAGACAGCCGAGCAACUGGCUGAUCUGAUUUUACUCAUACUAAACCCAAUACUGUUACACUUGCGAUCGCUAUUCCUCGUCGAGGAUCUGUUCGAUUCACUGAAGCUGCUCUUGCUGCUUUGCUCCCUAAAUAUUGUGGGUGACCACAUUGAUGGGAUGACUCUCCUACUAGCAGGUUUCGUGCUGCUCUUCACUGUGCCCAAAUUGUACGAGUGGAAGAAGCCAACGAUCAACAUGCAACUGCUGCAACUGCAACAAUUGAAGACUCUGCUGCUGUCAUCGGAAAAUAAAAAGAUACCAAUUGUAUCUGUCGAUCCGAAACUUAUGUCGCCCAACUCCAUCCAGGAUCCCAAUGGCUCAGACAAUGAGCUCGAUGAUAAUGGUGAACAGUUUAAUUCGUUUGACCAGGACAAUGAGCAGGACUUCACCAGUGAAUACAACUGGUACGAUACUCUAGAUGUGGGUUAUGACAACAUAAAACAGACUUAAUUAUGACUUAAUUCAUUUAAAGCGUUUCUUAAAUUGAACAAUUUCUAUAAAAAUAAUAGUCAAGAAAUUUAGAUUUAUUCAAAAUUUUGCGUCAAAGCCUAAAUGAAGAUUUCUAAAAAAUAAUAAGCCAAAACAGAACAAGAAUUAAUGUUAUUUACUGUUACAAUGCGUUGUAAAAUGUUGACAACUAUAGCCGCACACAAAUUAUACAGAUACAGUUGUGUUUAAAUCAAAUUUACUAUACUACAUAUACAAUUAUACUGUGUGAAA